AACCGCUCGGUACAAGAUUUUACUUUUCCAAAAGCCGAAUCGCCGAAUCUAGAAGACGACGACGACCAAAAACUCCGAUCGCGUAGGAACGGCGAACGGUCCUCCUCCGAUUAUCUCGCUUCGUCUCAAGAGUGACUGAUUCGUUAAGAUUUCUCAGAAAUGUCGCAGCUAAUCAGCGGUAACAAUAUCCCGCUGAGUGAAGUUUACUGGUCUCUCGUUAACAAAGCAGACAAAAAAUUCUCCAAGAUCAGAGACUUGCCGUUCUAUGAACGCAGCAGGUACGAAAACUACUUCUUCAAGGUAUUCAAGGUAUACACUCAAUUAUGGAAGUUUCAGCAAGAAAAUCGGCAGAAGCUGUUAGAAGCUGGACUUAAGAGAUGGGAGAUUGGAGAAAUCGCGUCUCGAAUUGCGCAGCUCUACUAUGGACACUACAUGCGAACAAGUGAUGCGGGUUACUUGUCCGAGUCCUAUGUAUUCUACGAAGCAAUUCUCACCAGGGAGUACUUCAAAGAUGGACUGUUUCAGGAUCUCAAUAUUGCAAACAAACAGCUACGGUUCCUUGCAAGGUUUCUUAUGGUGUGUUUGGUCCUCGGCCGCCGAGAGAUGGUGCAUCAACUCGUGGAGCAGUUCAGACGGUUGAUAGAUGAAUGCAAGAGAACUUUCCAGGAAACUGAUUUCAAAGAAUGGAAGGUGCUGGCGCAGGAAAUAGUUAGAUAUCUGAAAUCUGACACUGCUUUUAUGAACAUCAGGCCUCUAAGAUACAGUCUUGUGCUGGAUCCUAAUCUGGAUGCUGGUACACCGCGUUCAAGUAGGUCUCUAAGGUUGACGGAUGCAAUCUUGAGCAGUUAUCACUACAAUGAGGUUAAGUAUUCUGAGCUCACGCUAGAUUCGUUCAGGAUGCUUCAAUGCUUAGAGUGGGAACCGAGUGGUUCAUUAUAUCAGUCAACUGGUGCUAAAAUGGGUCAGAAUACGCCCACUGGACUUGCUCGUAUAAACCCCCAGAACAUGACUGAUCCUACUUUGCCACCUAACCCUCGCAAAGCGGUCCUUUAUCGUCCAUCCGUAACACAUUUCUUGGCUGUUUUGGCCACCAUUUGCGAGGAGCUUCCUUCUAAUGGCGUACUCUUAUUAUAUCUGUCUGCUUCUGGAAAGAUUGGACAGACUUCACUAUCUCCUUUGAGUGCUAGAAGUAUAACCAGCAUUGAGGAAAAUAUUUUGAGAGACUUUGAGUCUCACACAAUCAAACCAGAGGCAGACCUAUCACUUCAAAUAACGCCAUCUGGUGACAGACCUGGUCAGUCUUUGGGGCAAAUCAGUGAGGACGCAUGUGGUUUGUGUUUUGGCAGUCAUGGGCUCACAGGACCAAGCUACAUCUAUCCCUCUGAUUUAGUUCCAUUCACAAGGAAACCUCUUUUCAUAAUAAUUGACAGUGACAGCAGCACAGUUUUUAAGAAUAUAUGUGGAGCGGAGAAAGGAGAACCAGCCGCACUGCUACUGUCUCCAUCACAUACUCCUCCGAUUAUCUCUGCUGAUUUCUCUCGUCAACCUAGUGGUAGCCUUUUCACCAUCUUUCUCACCGCACCAGUCCAAGCGUUUUGCUUGCUGAUUGGGAUUUCUGGUUCUGAUGUGGAAACGGAUGUUGUUAUUAAGGCCGAUAAGCUUCUUUCCUCGUUUAUGAACGAAUGGGCUUCGACUUUGGCAGCAUCAGAUACACUUCACCCUGUUUGGUCGCAGAUACUAAAAGAUCCCUUCUUGAGACGACUUCUCCUAAGAUUCAUAUUCUGCCGAGCUGUGUUGGCUCUGUACACGCCAGUCUUCAGUAACAAACAAAACCAGCCAGAGUGCUUUCCGCCUCUCCCGGAAUCGCUAGUACCAACAGCUCUUGCUGUUCAAACCGCUGUGCUUCAGAUGGCCAAUGGUUUCGGGGCUACAAGUAAAUUUACUUUACCUCAAGAUAUCACAAUGCUCUAAAGCUGCUACCAGUUGAACAUCGGUCAGAAAAAUUCUUGUGUAAAUCGGGAAUUUCGGUUUGGUUUCCCUUCAGGGUUGACUAUUAUUUCAGAUUUGGACUCGUUGGAGCUUUAGGACCGAGAUUUAUGGUUCAAGAAUAUUUUGCUGUGUGAAAUUUACAGAGUGUUUGAUGCAGAACAUGUGAUUGUUCUCUGAUGUAUCUUCUCCAUUUAUAACAAAAAAAAUGUGUUAUAAAAAGUGUUGCUUUUGUUUGUUUGUUUCCUCUAUAAAUUUAACUUAAAAACUCUGCAUCGGUUACAACUUACAACAUCAAGGAAACUAGAGAUUCACCAGCGAUCUUUGCAGCUGCAAGUACCGUCUUUGAAGAGAUGGAACCGAUUAGCAUCCCGCACUAAUAUCUCACGUCCCACGAUCUUCGAUAUCAGCUUCGUGACUUGAUGACAAUCACCACAGACCCGAAGGUUCUUCAUCACUUGCAAUGGCGUCCCUGGUUCUGUGUUCAACAGCCCAAACGCAAUCGCUAGCCUCUCACUGUGUCCACAGACUAAACGUCUCUUCUCUCCCUCUUCCUCUAGGUUCUGUGACACUUCUCGUGGAUCCGGAAUGUACCCUUCUUUAGCCAUCAGACCGUAAAGUAUCUCCAGUGACUUGUGGAUGGCUUCGGACUGAGGAGCUGAUUCAUCUCCUGCGCGGAACACAUGAACUUUCUUACUGAUUUCAAUCCAGCUAUAUCCCGGAUUCUUCUUCAUGUGUUUAUCUUUCAAGGAUUUGCGGAUUAGACUCACUUUGUCCCACUUCCUCAAGGCCGCAUAAGCGUUUGAUGCUAGAAUCGAGUAACCUGGAUCAUCCGGGUUCAGUUCAACGAUCCUCUUAGACACUCUCUCUGCAGUCUCCACGUCCCCACUUGUUCGACAAGCUCUUAGCAGAGAUGCCCAUAUGCUAGCAUCGGGUUUAAUCGGCAUUGCUUGGAUAAAUUCCUCGGCGUUCCUAAUCUUCUGCGACCGAGACAACAAAUCAACCACACACGCAUAGUGUUCCAUCAUCGGGUCGAUUCCGUAGUGAGUUUUCAUCUUCUCGAAGCACGCCAAGCCUUCUUCUACCAAACCAGAGUGGCUGCAAGCAUAGAUGAUGGCAAUGAAGACGACCUUAUCGGGAACAACACCGGAUCUUUCCAUAUCGGCGAAGGCUUCUAGGGCUUUCUCACCUUCGCCGUACAUUCCAUAUGCAUAAAUCAUCCCUGUCCAUGUCACAACAUCUCUUCUACUCAUUUGUUCAAAGACUCUACAAGAACUCUCCAAACAUCCACAUUUUGAGUACAUCUCGAUUAGUGCAUUUCCUAUUGGCAACUCCGAUUCAUAUCCAAACCGUAAAAUACAACAGUGGACCUCCUUGCCUAGUCGUUUAGCAGCAAGCGAAGCACACAUAGGCAAUACAACUAAAAAAGUUGCCAUAUCGGGCACAGCUCCGAUGGUUCUCAUUUGAGUAGUUACCUGCAAACCGGUCGCUAAAUCCCCAAAACGAACACACGCCGAAAUAACCGUGUUCCAUGUGACCGUAUCCCGAGUAUCCAUAGUACUGAAUAUCAGCAGAGAAUCCCCUACUUCCCCGCACUUAGCAUACAUAUCAAUCAAAGCAUUACUUACAGAAAGAUCGGAGUAAAUUCCAGAUUUUGUCGCGUUGGAAUGUAGCCCUCUCCCGAAUUUCAAGUCUGCUAAACGGGUGGAGACAGAUAUAAGCAUCAAGUAAGUGAUAUGAUCCGCCUGCUCUUCCAUGAUCAUCAUCAUCUUGAAGAGUUUCAUGGCUUCCAAAAGAUCUCCGCUUUGUAUAUACCCAUUGAUUAUCGAGUUCCACGAAACAGUAUCCUUGCAUUCCAUGCUCUUGAACACGUCUCUUGCCGCCACCAUGUCACCGCACUUUGCAUACACAUCGAUCAGAAUGUUACUCCCAGUAGUUUCAAGCACAAAUCCAGCUCUCAACAUAUAUUCAUGAACGUACUUUGCUAAGCGCAAGUCUCGUAAGUGUCCGCAGGCACGGAGAAUAGAACUAACUGUUACGAAAUCUGGCUUGAACUGAUCUAAUUUUUCCAAAAACAUCGUCAUAGAUUCUUCAUACAUUGCUAAGUUGAGAUACCCACAGAUUAUAGUGUUGUAACUAAUGGAAUCUCGAAAGACCAUCUCAUCAAAAACCCGUCUUGCGUCUGUUGGUCUGCUAAAUUUCAAGUACAUCGCGAGUAGCCCGUUGCUAACCACCACGAAGGAACUAACACCUAACUUGAGAGCAAAACCAUGAAGUCCCUGUCCUUCUUUGACAACCAGCAGAUUCCCAAAGGCAGGCAAAACACUUGAAACCGUGUAGGAAUCUGGCACAAUCCAAGAAUUUCUCAGCUCAUGAUAGAGUUCUAUGGCUUCCUCGUAGUAACCAUGAGAACUAAACCCGGAAAUUAAAGUGUUCCAGGAAAUUAGAUCUCUAACAGGCAUUUCGUCGAACACUUGUCGUGCUCUGCCCAACAAUCCCAUUCUCGAGUACAUAUCCACAAGCGCAUUGCCCACAUAUAGAUCAGACUCCAAACCCAAUUCGAGUAUCUGAUUAUAAACCGAGUUUCCAAACUCCGCAUCGAACAGUCCCGCGCAGGCUUUGACGACGGGAGGAAACGUGUACUUAUCAGGCGAAACCUUGGUUUCACGGAGUUUCCCGUAAAAUUCGAGGGCUUUAGAGGAUAAACCAUUCUGAGAAAGCGCUCUGAUGAUUGAGUUCCAAAGGUAGACAUUUUUCGCCGGAGAAACUCGCCGGAAAACAGAGAGAGAAGAGGCGGGUUCCCUAAGAUGGGAGUACUUGUCGAUAAGCUUGCCGGAGAAGAAGUCGGAGCCGUCAAGGCCUAGAGAGAUUACAAGGGCGUGGGUUCGACGAAGGUCUUUGAGGUUAGAUGACGAUGAAAGAGCUUUCGAGACGAAAGCCGAUGACACUCUAGUCUGCAUAUGUCGUAUGUCGUACUCCUCUUCCUUAUUUAG